CUCGAAUCCAACACACUGAAACUCUUUCAGCUGCAGCGAACACUGUUCAAAAGCUUGGAGCUUUCCUUCAUCUUCACCUCAUUUUAAAGAGACAAACAACACGUUACCAGCAAAGACGGUCUGAUGUCGGCAGACUGUGAACUUUCACAGUGCGAGACGGAGGUGAACACAUUACUGCAGAUUAUCUCUGACCUCAACAGAAAGAUGGAGUCCCUGCGAAUACCACGAGAAAUGCAAACAUCUGAGACUCCAGCACAGGUCAGCGAGUGUGUUAUUCAGCAGGGCUUGAGUUCUUCAGCAUGCAGUCUUACAGUGGUGGAUGCUGCCGGCACAUCUCUACAGCCUGAGACCAAGAAAAACCCCAAGACCUCAGAAGGGGGCAGCAGUGAGCUUUGGUAUGAACUGCAGCAGGUUAUUUUUGCUCUUGAGACCUCUAGUGGUCAGGGUAGGAAGAUGCUCAAACUCCAGACUCACAAUGCUGAGAGAAUCCAGGCCAAUCAUCUAUCUGCAGCUCGAGAGACCUGGGUUCAUGCCACACAGGUGCUGGAGGAGAUGGAGAGUGAUCUGGGGAUCUCGUACCCCUCUGCUCUGCCCCCUGAUGAGAGACGUCAGUAUCAGCGGGACAUUCUCUCACUGUACAAACAGAACCGAGACCUCAGCGCCUCCAUGAAGAGCCGUCAGGAAGAGCUUAAGGGCGCUGAAAGAACUCUGUCGGAUAUUGAGGACGAAAAGAAGUGGCUACAGGAAAAGGCAGUGAAUCUUAAGCAGAAAUGGCUGUGUGGAGUGAGUCGUUCUCCUCCUCUAAGCCCAUCACUGUCCUCCAGUCGAACCCCGAGCCCCUGCUUCUCCUCACCGUCGUAUCCUGGAUCUCCUCUGCUGCCCCGGAAGCGCUCUGUGUCCACUCCAGACUCUCCUGUGCCCCCCCGCACCCUUGAUUCUGUGCUACAGUCUGAGAAUGACAGGCUACAGAGGUGUUUGGAGCAUCUGAAAGCUCGGAAUGAACGUCUGAAUGCCGCUCUGGUCAGGAGGAAAGGAGAAUCGGAGCAGCUGAGUAUGAGUCUCAGCCGUCAGGAGGCAGACAGCUCAGCUCUACACAUGGCUCUAACCUACUGCGAGGAGUGUGAAGAGGCUUGCGGUGACCUGCUUUCCCUGUACGAGGCCAAACAACAACUGAACUCAGGUGCCGCAACUCUCGGUGACACACUUUCACGCGCACAUGUGCACGCGGGCUCGCACACCGAGCGCUUUUCUUGUACAGAAGCAUUUAGCCGGCCUCCAUCUGACCCCUCAAAGUCACCGGGUAAGAACUCGGAUGGAAGCGAAUCCUCCUCUUGUGCACCAGAGGUCACCACUGAGCCCACACCAAAUAGCCUGUCAGAGGAAGAGUUUGAAGAUAAGACCGGUGUUAUUCUGCAGAGGAUCUCCAGGCUGAAGCAGGACAGGGCGGCUGUGUGUAUCCCACAGCAGGGCAAGGCGGGCGAGGGCAAGAUCAGCCCCGACACUGGCACGCUGGCGGGGGUCAGAAGUCGCGCCGGUUCGCUUUCCAAAAGCGCCAAAGAGGAGAAAGCUGCUCUGUCGUAUGAGCUAGUGACUGUCAGGGAGGAGAUGUCAGGGUUACGUGGGAACCUCAGACUCCUAGAGAAAGACAGGAAGUGUUUGGAGUUGACGCUGAUGGUCCAGAAUGACCAAGAGUCCGCUGAAGCUCUGAUGUUGGACAGUCUGAGAGAAGAGCUGGGCGAGAGGAGAGCCACCCAACAGAGAAUGGUUGAAAACCGAGUAAAACUGAGCAGUGGAGGCGGGAUACCAGGCCCUCGCAAUCAAUCUAUAUUAAGAGAGAUACAAGCAGCACUGCAAAGGGAGCAGGCGUUGAGGAAGAGGGUGGCAGCUUUACGUGAAUCUCUGGACUCAACGCUCACAGACAGCACUAACCAGAGGAGAAUCAACAGAGAUGAGAUCGCACGAAUAACUCUACGAUACAAUAAGAUCUUAGGCACCUACAGGAGUUCUCGUAAGAAGCACCAGGAGCAGCUAUGGCGCCUGCAGAAGCAAAUCGCGGUCAUGAGCGAACGUCACGUGGCCCAAGAAGCCGAGUUGAGCGCAACGCUGGAGGCUAUGGAGUGGAGAAGAGAAGAAACGGUGCUGUAAAAAACUCUCCAGAUACAGCACAGGAAACAUAGACACUGUUUUUGGGGGGGAUUUUACUUGUUAUUAAAGCAAUAUGCAAAUGCCUUUGAUUAAAGCUGCAAGUUCCUUUAGGGAUCACAAUGCCUCCGGGUCACUAUUUCAGUCAUACGAGCCCUGUUGAAAAAACAGAAUAUGCUUUUGCUGGUUUGUGCUGGUUUAAGCUGGUCAUGUGCUGGUUUAAGCUGGUCAAACCAGCAUCAAAACAUACCUAACCCAGCAUAUUCUGUUUUUUUCAACAGGGAGAACAAUAAAAUUGCUGGCUUAGCAAUAAAAUAAAAUAUUUCACACUAGCUUUUAAUUCUGACAACUGUACCGUAAACUGUGUUUAUUAAGCUCUAACUGCAUAACAACACUUGAAGUCUCCAUAUACAAAAGCGUCAUAUGACAUAUUCUUCUAAAAUGAUUAUUUUGAUCAGGCUCUGGUGUUUAUAUUAAAAUAUAUUUUACUUAAAUUGUAAAAAGGACGUAUUCAUUGCCAUUAAAGUGAAAUCACUGAACUUAAAAACAAAGUGCACUGCACCUGCACUGUAAAACAAAUCCUGUAAAAAAAACCCGAGAAACAUUCUGUAAAAUAACAGUUUUUAAUUUUCUCUGUUUUUCUUUUAAAUUUCGGUCUUUUUCUGUAAUUUGACUAUUUAAAAAAUAGACUGUAAAAAAACACAUAAAAAAAGAUUUUUUUCGGCUGCUGGGGCGCCAGAAAUAUGCUGUACAUUUUUUUUCCAUAAAAUUAUAUAUUUUUCUUAUACAUUUGCAGUCUUUUUCUGUAAUUUUACAGCUUUUGACCGUAUUUCAAAAAUACGUCAAAUAUCUGUUAAUAAAACAGUAAAAUUUCGUCAAAUUACAGGUUUUUGGAAAAUUAUACAUAAAUCUGUAAAAAAUAACAGUACAAUUCUGUAAAAUUAAUUUUAAUUUUAGAAGAAAAUUUCAAAAUGCACUUAGAGGCUAUUGCUUCUGAACUCUUCACUUUUUUUUCAUUUGUCUCUAUAUGGCCAUCUCUGUUUGAGACAUGAACUUGCAGUUUACGUGUGUAUACCUGGGUUGACAUGUCCUGCAAAAUUGUACCUUUCAGCUCAACUCAGUAACUUGUUUGAAAGAGUUUUGGUUUGCAGCUUUAACAAUGCCAUUACAACUAAUAUGCAUUUGUGACGUUGUGGGAAAUGGUCAUUUUCUACGUAUGUGCAAAAAAGUUUUAAUAAACAAAAGCUCUUUUAUAAGUUUCAUUGAUGUUUGAAACACAUGUUGACUGGUAGUUUAUUGUAUAAAAAACUGCCAAUAAGAGGAACGUGCACAGAAUAAAAACACAGUUCAAGCUUUACAGAGCUCAAUUCACAGUCACGUUGAUUGAGAUCACCACCCCUCCCUCCUCUGUCCAUUCUCCCUUUACGAUCAAAGCAGCUGCAUAAUCAUUUUCAUUUAAAAGCGUUUUCCUUGAGAGUCUCAGAGAAAGGCAGAUCACAGAAUCUGGGUCAGUGUGUGCCGGUGCUUGUGUGUCUUCUCCCAGACCGCAUCACUCUUGAAGAUCUGCCCCUCUGUCCCUCUCACAGUAGAAAUGGGGGGAAGGGAGAGAUGCACAAUAGAGAGAGGGGUCAGAGAAGCCUGACUCGCCCGUUUGUCUUCUCCUUUCACUGAUCUUCAUCUUUCAGCGCCGCCCGGGCCAGCUGACUGCAGCUGCGGUAAAGGUUGAGUGUCACACCCCCGGGGUUAAAGGAUUUGCUCUCUGUCGCAGGAGCGGUUGAAUGAAGGGGGUCACAGGGUCACGUUGAACACAGGACUCUGUCCUCAACAUGCCUGAUGGGGAAGAUCAGAGUUUUAGUGACCGGUGUGGCUAAAGAUAAUGAUUAUGUUUUGGAUCCUCAAUAGCGCUGUACUGAAUAAACCCAUCACUUAGUACUUGUUUAUCUUGACAAAUCUUUUGAAAAUGUUUGAUACUUUGUAUACAACGGCAAAACUAUUACUUAAAUGUAGUAGUGUUCAUUUAUGCUUUUUUGCUCAUUUCUGAGAUUUUAACAAGCCCCUAAGCCAAAUAUUAAAUUCUGCUAUGU